AUGUCGAUCAACCUCGUCGAAGCCACCAUCGCCGACCUCCAACAAGCCCUCUCUACAACCUCCCUCACAAGCGUCGACCUAGUAUCCAAAUACCUCCUCCGAAUCGCCACCUACGACAGCAGAGGCCCCUGUCUAAACUCCAUCCCAAUCCUCAACCCCCAUGUCUUCGACGAAGCCGCCGCCUCAGACGCCCGUCGAGCCAGCAAGACCCUCCUCGGGCCGCUCGAUGGAAUCCCUUACACGCUGAAGGAUAGCAUGAAGUAUAAAGGAAUGACAUGUUCGACUGGCUCGCCUGCUUUCGAACAUCUCGUUGCGAACGAAGACUCCUUCGUCGCGGAACAGCUUCGGAAGGCUGGCGCCGUGUGCAUCGGCCGGACGAACACGCCGCCCAUGAUGGCGUCCGGGAUGCAUCGCGGUGUGCAUGGCCGGGCGGAGAGUCCCUACAACCUGGAGUAUCUGACCGCGGCGUUCUCGUCGGGUUCGUCGAAUGGUUCCGCCACGUCGACGGCGGCUUCGUUUGCGGCUUUUGGGCUGGGGUCGGAGACUGUGUCUUCGGGGAGGUCGCCGGCUUCGAAUAAUGGGCUGGUGGCGUAUACGCCUUCGAGGACGGUGAUUUCGCCGAGAGGGUGUUGGCCGUUGUAUCCGACGUGUGAUGUGCUUGUUCCGCAUACGAGGAGUGUGGGGGAUAUGUUGGCGAUUUUGGAUGUUUUGACACAGGUCGAUUCGAGAAAGGAUGAGGACUUUUGGCGAUUACAGGAGUAUGUUGACAUCCCACACGUCGAACGUCCUCAAUCAUACCCAGCUCUUAAGGACACCGCGAAAGGCUCCCUCAAAGGCAAACGGAUCGCCGUCCCUCUCAUGUACAUCGGCGGUCACGACCCCAAAGCAAAACCCACCGUCGUCUCCCAAGACGUCCUCGCCGUCUGGCAACGCACCCGCAAAGACCUUGAAUCCCUCGGCGCAACCGUCAUCGAAACUGACUUCCCCCUCGUGACGAACUACGAAGACGACUCCGUGACCGGCCACGCUAACAACGUCGUCGGCUUCGACGCAGACUGGAACUCGAAAGAACGCGGCGAGCUCGUAGCAUACCUCUGGGAUGACUUCCUCAAAACCAACGCAGAUCCUAACUAUCCCGACCUCGCAUCCAUCGAUGGAGCGAAGAUGUUCCCUCGUCCGGAAGGCUAUAUCCCGGAUCGAUAUAUGGAGCAUAAGAACUUCAUGAACUAUCCCCGUCUCGUCGAGAUCGCGAAGAAUCGUCCGGAGGGGAAGACGAUCUGGGAUGUAGAAGGGAUUUCUCGCGCUCUGCCUGCUCUGGAAGCCCAGCGGAAACGAGAUCUGGAGGAGUGGAUGGACGCCAAAGGUGUCGAUGUUGUUGUCUUCCCGGCGAAUGGAGACGUGGGUAGAGCAGAUCUCGAUACCAACGACGAGAGUGCUCGACUUGCGUUGCAGAAUGGCGUCAAGUACUCCAAUGGGAAUCGUGCGAUCCGGCAUAUGGGCGUCCCGACUGUCUCGGUAACGAUGGGUCAACUGACCGAAUCGAAAAUGCCAUUGAACCUCACAUUCGCAGGUAAACACGGCCAAGACACCGACCUCCUGAAAUACGCAUACGACUUCGAGCAGUCCACAAAGAGAAGAUUCGCUCCCCCCGUAACACCAGCCCUAUCAUCAGAUACCCUCAACCUCUCAGCAGAACUCCAGCCUCCACCCACGAAGGAACCCAGCACCAUCGAAAUCAAAUCCGCCUCAACAACCAGCACCAACGAAAUCCACAUCACAGCAUCCAUCAACCCCACCCUCACCAACACCAAAGACCCCUUCACAAUCUCAGCAUACAUCGACGGAAAGCGCAUCCAAACCGCCUUGGAACCAGUCCACGCAGGAGAAGAAUUCAGCUUCCACGCCCCCUUCACGCCCUUCACACCCCCAAAACCGCUCUAUGGAGGCGUCGGCAAAGUCGUCAACAAUGUCCUUGUCGUGAUCCUCGCGAAGAGUGCGACGCAAGACGCCGGGGCCCUGGUGCUCAUUGACCAGAAUGGGGGGAUCAAGGGAUGA